AUGUCAUUCCUUGAUGCUUCUCUACAGUUGCCGUCUCUAACCAUUGAUAUCAGAUCGCAACUUCUUCUCCACAAUGCCGUACACGAUAGGUCGGUGUCUGAAGAUGAACGUCCUCAUAACAAUCUCCCUAUGGUCGACAAGGAGCCCGCCAGCGAUGUGGAAGAACCGGCAUGGCUCCUCAAUCUUUCUGCUGGGGCACCAUCAUGGCCGGACUAUCCUCCCGAAAGACCAUGGCCCAAAUCAGACAUUGUCAUGGAAGUUUAUGACCUUGAAGCGAUAUUCCGAGCAAGUCUAUACCUACUAAAAGAUCACAGCCAGAGCACAGAAACACCAUAUUUCAAAGAAACGCAAAUCAAUACCAAUGCCCCCUAUACAGCCGUUAGACCCGGCCACUACCGCACCAAGCCUACUGGACCUGGCUGCAAAAAUAGCGGAUGUUAUUGGGGCAGUGGCAGCAUUGAUUGCCGUGAUGCUCUUCUGGCUCUACCGGCCCAAACGACUGCUUGCUAG